CGGCGGUGGGCGGGGCGCGGGCAGGACGGCCCUGGGAGCUGAGGCUGUAACUGCGGUGGAGCACGACUUCCCAGAGGGCUGCGGCCGCUGCGCUCCGGCGGGACCCGCGCAAUGGGUUUGCUGUCAGAGCUGAAGUUGGCAGUGCCCUGGGGCCACAUCGCUGCCAAGGCCUGGGGCACCCAGCAGGGUCACCCAGUUCUCUGUCUGCAUGGCUGGCUGGACAAUGCCAACUCUUUUGACAGACUCAUCCCUCUUCUUCCAAAAGACUUCCAUUACAUUGCCAUGGAUUUUGGAGGUCAUGGAUUGUCGUCACAUUAUAGCCCAGGCCUCCCAUAUUACUACCAGAAUUUUGUGACAGAGAUCCGGAGAGUUGUGGCAGCCCUGAAGUGGAACCGUUUCUCCAUCUUGGGCCACAGUUUUGGUGGCACUGUAGGUGGAAUGUUUUCCUGUGUCUUCCCUGAGAUGGUGGAGAAGCUUAUUUUGUUGGACUCUGCACCAUUUGUUCUGGACUCCCACGAAGUGGAUAACUUGAUGAUCUACAAGCGGAAGGCCAUAGAGCACGUGCUGCAGGUGGAAACCUCCAAGAAGCCCUCAAAGGUGGUCAGCCCAGAGGAGAUGCUGCAGUGGUUCCUGAAGAACAACAGUCAUGUGGGGAAGGAGUGUGGGGAGCUCUUGCUGCAGCGAGGGACCACACAGGUGGCUGGAGGUCUGGUGCUGAACAGAGACCGCAGGAUCGCCUUGCCAGAGCAUUCUUUCGACUUCGUCAGCAGGGAGAUGUUUGCGAAUUUGCUCAAGAAGCUGCAGGCCCACAUCCUGCUCAUCAAAGCAAUCCAAGGAUUUCAUGAUGUAAGAAGAGCCAAUGAUGCUGAAAAGGAGCCCAUGGUUUUCAUGCUCCACACAAUGAGAUCCAUCCUGAAAGAGCGGUUCCAGUUUGUGGAGGUCCCAGGCAACCACUAUGUUCACAUGAACCAGCCCCAGCACAUAGCUCAUGUCAUCAGCCUCUUCUUACAGAGUGGGAAGUGAGGUCCAGCCAGAGCCUUGUUAAGCCCUGGUAUCCCCCAAGUCCCCCACCAGGCCACUGAUCCUGACCACAGGGGCUAUCAGAGACGAUUAUGAGAGUCAGGGACGUAGAGAUCUGACUUUAACAUUGUGACCCCAAUUGGAAGACAGAUUUGGGGGGAGGGGGCUGUCUAUUGUUGGCUGGGUCUGCGCUGAGCUGGAAGCUACCGAAGUGAGGGUCAGGAAAGCACACGGCCAGCCUGCCCCACCAGGCCUGCCUUUUCUAGACCUUUCCUGCUACCAGGCUGAGAAAAUAAAAAAUAUUCUGAGUUCCCACUG